AUGUCAUCGCUUCCUCCCCAGUGGACAAUAGCAAAGUACGCCCCACGCUUUAACGGCUUCCAGCAGCAGGACUCCCAGGAGCUGCUGGCCUUCCUUCUGGACGGUCUCCAUGAAGACCUGAACAGAGUCCAUGAGAAGCCCUACGUGGAGCUGAAGGACAGCGACGGGCGGCCCGACUGGGAGGUGGCCUCUGAGGCGUGGGAGAACCACCUGCGCAGGAACCGCUCCAUCGUGGUGGAUCUGUUCCACGGUCAGCUCAAGUCCCAGGUGAAGUGCAAGACGUGCGGACACAUCAGCGCUCGCUUCGACCCCUUCAACUUCCUGUCCCUGCCCCUGCCCAUGGACAGCUCCAUGCAUCUGGAGAUCACUGUCAUUAAACUGGACGGCUCCACCCCUGUGCGCUACGGCCUGCGGCUGAAUAUGGAUGAGAAGUACACAGGGCUGAAGAAACAGCUGAGUGAGCUGUGCAGUCUGAAGCCUGAGCAGAUCCUCCUGGCUGAGGUCCACACCUCCAACAUCAAGACCUUUCCUCAGGACAACCACAAGGUGCGUCUGUCUGUGAACGGCUUCCUGUGUGCGUUUGAGAUCCCGGUGCCAGGUUCCCCAACGUCUCUGUGCUCGCCCACGCUGACAGAUGUAACCCCGUUAGCCAACGGCUCUGCUCCUAACGGUGACCUAGGCAACAAGCCCGUCCUCAUCCCCAACGGUGGGCCCAGCACUGUUGUGCCCUAUAACCCAGAGACGCCCUUCGCCAACGGGGUCUCCAACGGACACAUCACACCCAUGCAGGAGAGCCCCUUCAUUGGAUACAUCAUCGCCAUGCACAGAAAGAUGAUGCGUACGGAGCUGUACUUCCUGUCCUCUCAGAAGAACCGGGCCAGUCUGUUUGGCAUGCCGCUCAUCGUUCCAUGCACUGUCCACACCAGUAAGAAGGAUCUGUACGACGCCGUCUGGAUCCAAGUGUCCCGCCUGGCCAGCCCCCUCCCCCCACAGGAGGCCAGCAACCACGCCCAGGACUGUGACGACAGUAUGGGCUACCAAUACCCCUUCACUCUACGGGUGGUGGGAAAGGACGGCACCUCCUGUGCCUGGUGUCCUUGGUACAGGUUCUGUCGAGGCUGUACAAUAGAGUGUUCAGAGGACAGAGCCUCUGUAGGAAAUGCUUACAUAGCUGUGGACUGGGACCCAACCGCCCUGCACCUCCGCUACCAGACUUCCCAGGAGAGGAUUGUGGAGGAACACUGCAGUGUGGAGCAGUCGCGUCGGGCCCAGGCUGAGCCCAUCAGCUUGGACAGCUGCCUGAAGGCCUUCACCAGCGAGGAGGAGCUGGGUGAGGACGAGCUCUACUACUGCUCCAAGUGCAAGACGCACCGGCUGGCCACUAAGAAGCUGGACCUCUGGAGGCUGCCGCCCAUGCUGAUUGUCCACCUGAAGCGCUUCCAGUUUGUAAAUGGCCGUUGGAUCAAAUCCCAGAAGAUUGUCAAGUUCCCGAGGCAGAAUUUUGACCCCAGCGCCUUCCUGGCCCCCAGAGACCUGGAGCAGUGCUGCCUUCACUCCCGCAGCCAGAGCGAGGAUCUGCUGAGGGUCGGAGAAGACAACCUGUCCUCCAUCUCUGCCCCCGCUGGCUUCUGCAACCUCCCCAAGGAUACCACAGCCUCUCCCGCCUCAAGCAGGAAGUCGGCACCUUCUCUCAGCCGGACCAGCAGCCCCUCUGGCAGCCCAAAGAGCGGGGGCCGCAGGCCAGGCCGACUACGCCUGCCCCAGCUGGGCAGCCGGCACCGCCUCUCCAACAGCAAAGAGAGCCUGGAUGGAGCCGCUAAUCCUGAGGCAGAGCAUUCAGAGACUGAGGGGAGCACAGCAGGUCUUCCAGGUUUAGGAGAUGUGAUCGCGUCGGACGCAUCAUGCGGUACUGAGGCGUCCAGCAGCCACUGUGACGUAGUCCUGAUGAACGGAGAGGGUAACGGGCUGGGCUCAGACUGCAGCACGGAGAGCAGCAUGGACCCUGACAACUCCCUGCUCCAGCACAGAGACAACAUUUGUCUGGAUGCCAUCUACAACCUCUAUGCAAUAUCUUGCCAUUCAGGAAUCAUGGGAGGAGGCCACUAUGUGACAUAUGCCAAAAAUCCCAAAGAUAAAUGGUACUGUUACAAUGACAGCAGCUGUAAGGAAGUGCACUCUGAGGAGAUCGACACCGACUCGGCCUACAUCCUCUUCUACGAGCAGCAGGGGGUCGACUACUCCCAGUUCCUGCCAAAGAUCGAUGGCAAGAAGAUGGCCGACACCAGUAGCAUGGAUGAAGACUUUGAGUCCGACUACAAGAAAUACUGUGUGCUCCAGUGACCGCACCUCGUCUUCCAUCAUCCGGCACUACACCCGCUCUUCGCUCCCGCCUGCAGUCGUUCUGAAGAAUUCUCUCAAACUGCUAAUGACUGGAGUCGGAUGUCCUGUGCUCUCUGUCUUUAGAGAUGCGCCUCAGCACUUUCUACACUUGAUCGCAUACAUAUUUCAGUGCAAAGGUUUGUCAAGACAACAGUGGAGCCCUGGCGAAAGCACUAAAACUGUCGCACUUUGCUGAGCCCGACAAAACAAACCCCCCCGCCCCUUCUCCUCAACCCCCGCCAGAACAUACAUGUAACACAUACUUGCAUACUAACACAUCUCUGAAUGUUUGCCAGUAUGGCCAAGUCAUGAAGUGACGUUGCUUUGUCAUUGUGCAUAUUUCGCUGAUGUCAGAAUGAAAAAAAAAAAACACCAGGGUUCCACAUGUGAUCUGAGCCUAGAUAUCUGACCAGUAGAAGGAAAACAAUGAAGUGUAAGUGCAAAGCCAAUGAUUGGAUACAGUUUAAAUGCCAAAAUGUACGGUGGCUGACACAUGCAAACGCGCUACAUCAGCACUUUCAAAAACAAUGUAAAGAUCAGAACACAAAUGUGCCAAAACACAUGCAGAUGAAGGAACAUCUUCACCA